AUGUAUGACGGCAACGCACGAGACUUUUAUUACUCGAGCCGAACUCCCCUCACUGCGCACAACGGCAACGCGGUUAUCAAUUUCGAGACCAGCUCACGAGGCUAUGGGGCCGAUGACAAACCACACAAAGACAACUCAAGUGCUGUCGACAGAGCCUCACUGGACCCCAAUGAUGGACCGAGUACCGACUCUCGAGAAGACUUCCACGACCGAAGACCAAGAGAGUUCUAUGGUGACUCGGAUAGUGAUGAGAAUUCCAAAUGGAUACACAGAGACAAGCUGGCAAGGAUAGAGAGUGAGGAGCUUCAAGCAGCGGGCAUCAUUCUUCCCCGUCCCAAGGACAGAACCAGGUCAAAGAGCCAAAAUAGACCAAGACGAGAUCCGAGCCAGGACAAGUUGAACAGCUCUGGCAGGUCGAUCGCAGGAUCCGAGUACACGGCGAGAUCUAGGAAGAACUCAACGGCAACGUCGACGACCGAAACACGUACCGCUGAUCCAGCCUCUAUUGCCAGUUGGGACUUGAGGCGGCCGGAGGAGAUUUUGGAAGAGGCCGAAGCACAGAAAGCAGCCAGCAGCAGCAGUGGGAAGAGCUCUUCUAGGAUACCCGUGGCUAAGAGCAGCCAUGUGCCUAUUCCCACGGAGCAUAUUGCACGGGAUACUGUGCUGACCCGGAAACGCGAUCCUAGCCCUACCGAUGAAGAUAGCAUAACGUACCCGAAGACUCGGGCUCGGAGUGGAAGUACUGGCAAUGCUCCCUCGAAGACAACAAACGCAGGGACGACGCCACAAUCCAACAAGCGAGUUGAUUCCCAGCAAAAGAAGUCUUCUGCGACGGCUUCACCGGUCAACCGUAAAACGAAGCCGGUCAAUGGGACCGCGGGGCGACCCAAGACUCGGGGUGGACCGAACAAGGACUCGACAAGCAGCACACGUCCUUCAACCAGGUCCGGCGAACGCGAGUUCUCGAUCACCAACAGCAAGCCCAUGGAGGGCGAUCCGCCAUGGAUGGUGUCAGCAUAUGCCCCUGAUCCGCGGCUGCCCCCCGACCAACAAUUGCUGCCCACUGUUGCUAAGCGCUUGCAGCAAGAAAAGUGGGAGCGGGAGGGCAAAUUUGGCAACAUCUACGACAAGGACUUCAGACCGCUUACAGAUUCCGGAUUUCCAAAGCCGCCAGAAGUCACGGGUAACUCCUCAGAAAAGGAUAAAACUGAUGCCGACGAAAACAAACAGGAGGAGAAGGUGGUGCAAGACCAAAAGGCAGAAGACAGCAGCACCUCUAAGGAUUGGCCGCUGAAGCCGGAGACCAAAAGCCCCACGCUCCCCGGGAAAGGGAGCUCAUACUCAACAAUACCCAAGAUUUCCGACAACAGACCUGUCACGUCUCCCCUUGCCAGUCCCCUGCCGCCGGGCCCGCAGUCUCAGGCCGGGAAGCCUGUGGUUCGGCUGCCAGAACCACCUGAAGAAACCAAGCAAAAGAAGGGAUGUGGCUGCUGUAUCGUAAUGUAA